AUGUCAUACAAUGAACCCAGAAGCAGUGAGAAACAAGUGAACGCGGCAGCUGUUGAGUGCAAAAUUUGUGGGGCAUCGGCAAAAUAUUCGUAUUUCGGUAUUGUAUCAUGUCAACCAUGUAAAAUGUUUUUUAAACGAAAUGCUGAACAAGGACAGAAUACACUCCAAUGCAAUUAUAAUAAAAAUUGCGAAAUAAAUUUAAACAAUCGUCAUGUAUGUUCUUAUUGUCGACUUCAAAAAUGUUUUACAAGUGGAAUGGAAGCGGAAAAAAUUCGACGUUCUUUAUCAAAUAAACGAAAAAGAAAACGUGAAAAAAAUGUUAAUGAAGAUUUAGCAGAAAGAAAUUCAAUGGCUUUAGUCCGAUUAAAUGAGUCAAAGCAGUUUCCUACUUUAAAUCUUUUACGAUCAGAUCAAUCAACAUUAACUGCUGAUCAAUGGAAUCUUCUGUCAAAUUUGACAAAUUGUUAUAAUGAAAAUGGUAGAACAACAGCCGGUCAACGUUACAUGCAAACACAAAAUUCUCUACCUAUUAAGUUACGUUUUAAAGCUACACCGUUAAUUCAAUUUAUUCAAGCAUCAUUGGACGAUAUUGAUAUGUUAUACAAUAAAAAUCAAGAUUUUCUAUCGUUAUCUGCAAACGAUCGUUCUGUUUUACUUCACAUGACGCUAAAACAUACAGCAAGUCUUUCUGCUAAUUAUAUGUAUCAUCAGGUUGGAUUAUCAGAUUGUAUUGGCUAUUUGAAUACUCUUGCAUCAAUUACUAAUGUAGAUCUAAUACCUAUUGCGAAACGUGUAGCAGAACGAGUUAAACUUGAUACGGUUGUUAUGAAAUUAUUUCUUGCUACUCUUUGUUUUUCAACCAUCAAUAUUACAGUUUAUUCCAAUAGUCCUCCAUUAAUUUUCUCAAAUAUCAAACAAAUCUUAGAUACUCAAAACAAAUAUAUUGAAAUCACAUGGCGAUAUAUACUCUAUAAAUAUGAUCAUGAACAAGCUGUUAAAUGUUUUUCUGAUCUUAUACGGUGUAUCUUGGCUAUUCAUGCUGCUAUGAUUCAAGUAGAAAAUAUUCAAUGGUUUGAAAGUCAUAUUGAUACUAUUAUUAAACAAACCGAAAAAAUUACUAUUGUUGAAAAUUAA